AUGGAGGAGAGGAAGAGGCUCUGGUCCGCUUCGUCGGGUGGAGACAGGAGAGAAGAAAACAAACUGAAACGAGGGAUUUCCAGAGACUUGGCUUCUUCCCCCAGACUGGACAGAUACAGAAUAGCAAGACAAUUAACGGAAAAAGCCAUCAAGGAAAAGAAGAUCUUCUCCAUCUGCGGGCACUACCCGGUGAUCCGGGCGGCUCUGCGCAGGAAGGGCUGGGUGGAGAAGAAGUUCCACUUUUUGCCCAAGGCUGCCCCGAAUGCCGAGGACGCAGGGGAAGAGGCUGCCGGUAACGAAUGUGAAGUCAAAGAAAAUCGAGAAAUGGCGUUGGAGAGAGCAGACAACAUCCAUGACGUGAUGUCCAGGUUGGUAGAAAACGAAACGCCGUACUUCCUCUGGACCAUCAAGAGGGACGUUGUGGACUGUCACAGCCUGGCCGGCGACCAGAUGCUGAACCACUACGGGAAGACGGCCGCCUUCACCACCAAGAUCGGGCUGUGCGUGAGCAUGCGGAGCCUGCCGUGGUACGUCCAGGCGAACCCCGACUCCUUCUUCCCGCGCUGCUACAGCCUCUGCACCGAGGGCGAGAGGCAGGAGUUCCUGGACGACUUCCGGCGCACGGCGGCCUCCAGCAUCCUCAAGUGGGUCGUCAGCCACCAGAACUACGGCAGAAGCAAACCCAAGAGCCAGCGGGCGGAGGCUGGGAACGGAGACCCGGACAGCAAGAAAGAUCCCGAGAACGCGGAAGCGAAGCUGAGGGGCCUUUCGGGGAAGCUCGUGGACACUGCGUGCAGGGUGUGCCAGGCCUACCUGGGGCAGCGGGCGCACGAGGACCUCGACGUGCCGGAGGACGCUGCGGAGGACCUCACCGAGGACGAGUGGAGGGACCUGACCCAGCAAUACUACUCUCUCAUCCACGGCGAUGCUUUCAUCUCCAAUGCAAGGAAUUACUUUUCGCCGUGCCAGGCUCUGCUGAGUAAAAUCACGUCCGUGAACCCUCAGCUGGAGAUCGACGGGCUGCGGAACGUCUGGAUUGUAAAGCCCGCGGCCAAGUCCCGGGGCCGAGACAUAGUGUGCAUGGACCGCGUGGAGGACAUCCUGGAGCUGGUGGCCGCAGACCAGCCUCCCGCCAGGGACAAGUGGGUGGUGCAGAAGUACAUCGAGACGCCCAUGCUCAUCUACGACACCAAGUUCGACAUCAGGCAGUGGUUCCUCGUCACGGACUGGAACCCGCUGACCAUCUGGUUCUACAAGGAGAGCUACCUGCGGUUCUCCACCCAGCGCUUCUCCCUGGACAACCUGGACAGUGCCGUCCACCUGUGCAACAGCUCCAUCCAGAAGCACCUCAAGAACGACGAGACCCGCAGCCCCCUGCUGCCAGGGCACAACAUGUGGACGAGUUCCAGGUUCCAGGAGUACCUGCAGAGGAGAGGCCGCGGGGCCGUGUGGGGCAGCAUCAUCUACCCGGCCAUGAAGAGGGCCAUCGCCAGCACCAUGAGGGUGGCCCAGGACCACGUGGAGGCCCGAAAGAGCAGCUUCGAGCUCUACGGCGCCGACUUCAUCCUCGGGAGGGACUUCAAGCCCUGGCUGAUCGAGAUCAACUCCAGCCCCACCAUGCACCCCUCCACGCCGGUCACCGCCCAGCUGUGCGCCCAGGUGCAGGAGGACACCAUCAAGGUGGUGGUGGACCGCAAGCUGGACCGCAACUGCGACAUCGGCAACUUCGAGCUCUUGUGGAGACAGCCCGCCGUGGAGCUGCCGCCGUUCAGCCGGGCCGACCUGUGCGUGGAGGGCCUGGGCGUGCGGAAAGCCCGCAGGCCGGUGCUGCCCGUCUCCAGCUUCAGCUUCCCGCCUGCGCUCGCCGAGGCCCCGCCCCUGAGAGCGCAGUGCCCGCCGGCCUCGCCCCACGCAGCCCGGACACCCGCCCGCGCGGCCCUCACGCCGGACCGGAGGCCCAGGGACGAGAAGGGACUUCCCCGCGCGCUGCCCGUGCCCCCGCAGACGCCGCAGAGGAGCGGUGGCGCGAAGCCCGUCCUCGCCAGGCCUGGGGGGAUGCCGGGGCUCGUCGCCAGCAACUGCCAGCUUGUAGGCGCUAAGGCCGCGACCACCAGCCUGCGCGCCCUGGUGCCCCUGGCGCAGGGGGCCCUGCCGCCCCGAGCUCCAGAUCAGCCUGACUUGGUUCCCUGCGCCGCGUUCCGGAACCGCCUCCUCGCCUGUCUGCGGCUCACUCCGGAACGCUCGCCAUCCACAGACGUCGUGGUUCCGGUCGCUGUGGCCUGCAUUCUGGCCACCUCAGAGCCCACGGAGGAGAGGACACUGCUGGACCACAUGGAUGCCUGGCCUGUGGCCCGCUCUGACCAGCAGCAUCUGGGGCUGCAGCAGUCUCGGGGCCCUGGGGGCCCGGCGGCCGGUCCGGGCGAGGGUGGGGACGAGGUCUUCGACGGGGGGUACGCGGUUGUCCGGGUCGGGGGUACGGAGGCCGGUCCGGGCGGUGGCGGUCCGGGGUACGCGGCGGUCGAGCGGGGAGCGGCGGGGGCCGCCGAAGGCCGCCCGCCGUGCCUGGUGUGCCGGGGCUCGCCGCCCGCCGGGCCGUGCAAGCGCUGCAGCUCCUUCUGCGCCGCCGUCCUGCGCGGCGCCUCCUUCGUGCCGCUCGGCGGCCGGGCCGGCAGCCCGUGGAGCCCGGAGCAGCUCCUGUUUGUCUUUGGGGCUGGCGCUGCAGGGCAGCCUGGACGCUUCCAUCCCGCUCUCAGCCAGAUGCGCGCGGGGCCGGCACUCGCCUUCCUCUGCCUGGCCUGGGGCACGUACCGGGGCCUGGCCAUCCCCCGGAUCUCGGAAUGUGGCCUCUCCUGCUCUCAGGGCUUCGCCUGCAAGAGCCGCGCCAACCGCCUCCUCACGAGCCAGGACAGCCCUGCCAGGCCUGGCGCACGGGCGGGGCCAGACGUGGGCUUCCUGGAGGCGGAGGUGCCCUUUGCCGCCGCGGCCACGUCACACCCCCAGCCCUGCGAGGAAAUCCACUUCCUCUUGUCAAACUUUGUUCCCCGAGGGAAACUUUCAAGUGACGCUCUGGACACCGCCGUGUGUCGCCGCAGCAGGGACUCCAGAGGGCUGUGUGCGGCCACCUUGGUCUGUCGCUGCCUGAUAGCUUCUCUCGGGCUCCACGUCUCUGUCUUUGUCGACGGCGUUCGCUGUGAGGGCCUCAGCCACCCACGCCAGCAGUGGGGUUCUCCCCGUGUCCGCGGCCCGCAUUCUUGA